CCUUGACAACUGCCCUUAGCUCAUUUUCCAGCAGCAGCAGGAGCAGCCUCGCUUGUGCAGCUCGCGAUGAUUGGGUGGGAUUGCGUGAACUUAAGGUAGUGAGCAAGGGAAGAUUUAAGGCGGCUUUCGGUGAGAGUUGGUGUUUUUUGGGGUGUUAUGGCGAAUUUUAUUGAGUACAAUCGCAUGGUGGAGUCGAGCAGUGGCGGAGUGGAUUGUAGCUCAGCUGGGUUGAUCGAGGCAUUGCCCGAUGAUUUGUUUGUCGAGUGUUUAGUGAGGGUGCCGUUGCAAUGGCACGCGAAUCUGCAGCGAGUGUCGAGCUCGUUUCGAGAUCUGGUUCAAAGCCGGGAGUAUUACGAGCUGCGCAAGGCGGAAGGGACGACCUCGUCGUUCGUGUGCAUGUUGCAGCCGAUGCCGAUGUGCGGCGGCGAGGCUGUGCCGGAGAAGGAUUUUGCUGGUCGAGCUGUCUGCUCUCCCGAUCCCGUUCAUGGGGUCAGUCUUCUCGAUGUGAAUGAGCAGAUUUGGAGUCGGUUGCCUGCGGUUCCGGGCCUCGUGGGAGGAUUGCCGACGUGUUGCAGGCUCGUUGCGGUGAACGGAUUGCUCGUGGUGCUGGGUGGGUGGUGGCUGAGAACUUGGGAGCCGUCGAAGUCUGUGUUCGUGUACAAUUUCAGCACUCAGACGUGGAGGAGGGGAGCCGACAUGGUGAAUGUCCGCAACUUCUUCGCUUGUGGAGCUAUCGGCAACAAAGUGUUUGUCGCGGGCGGUCACGAUGAGAACAAGAAAGCUCUGGCAUCUGUGGAAACCUUCGAUGUUGAAGCGAACUGCUGGGAGAGCUUGGGCAGCAUGAGAGAGGAGCGGGAUGAGUGCACAGGAGUGGUGCUGGGCGACAGCUUCUUAGUCUUGAGCGGCUAUGGCAGUGAAUCUCAGGGCGCCUUCUGCGAGAGUGCCGAGGUUUACGAUUCUCGUGCCAAAUCAUGGAGCUUUGUUGACAACAUGUGGCCACUUAUAUCCACGGAACCUGCUGUAGCAAAUCCGAGCUCUCUGGUCGCCUUAGCGGGCCGCUUGUAUAGCAUCCGUGGCAAGGAGGUUGUUGUUUAUUCCCAACAGCAGAAUACGUGGACAGCAGUGGAGAAAGUGCCGGAGGAUACUGAGAGCGGGGAGCUCAAGUCCUUAACCAUCACCGCCUCUGGAAACUCUCUUAUAAUCAUGGGGCUUGCUAAGAAGAACGACGACGCGACUUUCAGAUCCAUGAGACUACUCCCAGCUCAAGGCUCAUGUAAAGCGCAGUGGCGAACUCUAGCUGGCAAUGGCCAGUUUACGAGCCUUGCGCAGACAUCCUGUGCAUUUGAAAUGUGAUCACAGUUUGUGGCGCUGCGAGAGCUGUUCACCAGUCUCCGACUUUCAAUGCCCCGGGUGUGUCAAUCUCAGACACGAGUAGCUUUCAGUUUCAGCUUGUUCCUCGGAGCCUAGGGUUUGUCGAUGUUUGAUGUCUUAUGAAAUCUUCAGAGAGAAGCCCUCGUGUGACUAGAGGAGAUAAACCUAAAGGGUUGCUCCCUGCGAGGAGGGUUCAUCUGUACAGUAUGUUAAGCGCUCAGAAAUGCUGGGAUGCGUACGUGAGCUUCUCGCUUGACAACGCCCAGACGUUUCAAGUCGGCGUAGAUCUCACGAUACCGGGAAGUUUGUACAUGUAGGGUUAAAAAUUUGCAAUCCUGUAAGCUUCUGAUCGUUUUUUUGACUUUGAAGAAACAAAGGUCGAUCACCGCGAAGUGACGACCGAUUUACCUGGUCUCA